CUGAUAGUUGUUUGCUGUACAUUCUGUAUAUUGUACAAUUAAUUAAAAUGUAUUUGGGUAUUUAUAAUUAAUCCAUUAAGAAAAUUUAACGAAAAAGCUAUUUGAACGCAUGAGGCAUAAGCUCGGGAUUGUUGCCUUAUAUAGUUAUAGAAUUUUAUGAGAGUAUUUCUUAUAGAAUAAUACAAGAUAAUAUUCUACGUCCGGCACCGGCAAAAUCGUCUCUUAUCUGAUAAUGAUACUAGCGAUGUAAGUGUUUAUGGGUCAAAGGAUCUAAACCAUUAAAGCCGAGUUAAACGUUAGAUUGGUUUUCAAAUGUAAAUUAUUUGCCACUAAAAAAAUUUAAUAAACAUAAGGCUAAAAAUGAAAUUAGUAUUCAUCAGUGUUAUCAGUGUAUUUGUGUUGUGGGAGAGAUUUAAUCCGGCAUCAUGCAGUAUCGGGGAUCGCUCCUCAAUAUAUUUAAACUGCAAUCAUAGAUGUGUGAAAGAAAAUUGUACCAAUGAUGGCGAGAAAUUCAGAACAAAAGCAGCUCAGAAGCAGGACAUCUGGUGCAAGUUGUUGCGCUGGAGCUGUGAUGAUGAGUGCAGGUAUCAGUGCAUGUGGUUCACUGUGCAGAACUUCAAGAGGGCUGGUGAGGGAACCCCCAAAUUUCAUGGCAGAUGGCCAUUCAUCAGGGUAAUGGGGAUGCAGGAACCGGCUUCAGCAUUCUCGUCCAUCCUGAACUUUGCUGCCAAUGCCUACAUGUAUAAGAAGAUCCAGAGACAGUUCCCACUGUCCAAGGCUCGUGCCAUGCCUAUUGUUGCCUUCUGGCAUGGAUUUGCUAUGGUGUGCAUGAAUGCAUGGGUGUGGUCAACAAUAUUCCAUAUGCGAGAUAAUCCAUUCACAGAGUUCAUGGACUAUGCAUGCGCUCUGUCCAUGGUCAUGGGCCUAUUCGUCGCCGCCGUAGUAAGAUUGUGUUACAAACGGACAAAGCUCACGAUAUUCAUCCUCCUUGUGCCGCUGUUCUACUUUGUAACGCACGUCCGCUAUCUCUACGAGGGUGUUAUCAACUAUGAUUAUAAUAUGAGCCUCAAUAUAUUUUUCGGCGUGGCAGGGUCUCUGAUCUGGGUGGGCGUGACGUGGCGGCAGUGGCGGCUGGGCCACGGCUACGCGUGGCGCAUGCUGUGCUUCACGCUGCUGUCGGGCGCGGCGCUGUCGCUGGAGCUGUUCGACUUCCCGCCGCGACUCGGCGCCUGGGACGCGCACGCGCUCUGGCAUCUGUCUACCUCGCCUCUGCCUUUGCUGUUUUAUAGAUACGUAUUAGACGACCUCCACUACCUGCAGUCGAAAGAGCUGGAAAAGUUUGCGUUCAAGCUGACCUGAGUCAUUUCAUAUAAAAUCUCAGUCCGCGUUUCACAAAUUGUAGGAAAUGUCUGUGAAUACUGGAAGAUAGUAGGUAAGACCUGCAUUACUGGCAGACUGAGAAAAUGUGUUAUUAUGCUUUGACUGUCAUUUUGCAUACAUAUACAAGAUAUCUCUACAGACGUUUCUGCUCAAUAGUAAUAAAAACGUCCAAUAUUCAUCAAAGAGGUACCUCAGCACGUACAUUAUAUAUGUAGCUUUUAUCGAACAAACUAAUGUUAUUUUAGGAACAAGACUGACCUUUUUUGCAUUUUUUGUAUGUGUAUAGAACUAAGAAUAAAUAAUAUAUAAGAAUGUAUUUAUAAACCUAGUAUAUUCUUCAUGUGCAAUAUUAGGCUGGUCAAAAACAUCAGCCACAGUAACAAGCCGCCGUGGUAUUAUAUAUUUUGCAAAAGCAAAUUAUUUCAGCGUGCAUUGUAUACCCUAAUACGUAAUGUUAGUUGCAUACGCCAGUGUUGCAAAAUUGAAAAAAAAAGAACCUGUUUAUGGUCGCUUUUUAGUGAUGUUUCUUUGGAAAAGAUUAACCCAGGAAAUGCGUUGUGCUGAUAAAACAGUUACAUAUUAUCGCGAUCUCCACGACUGUUUUCUAUUAUGAUAACCUCGUUAUAAGAUUUUAUAUUUUGUAUAUACCUACGCUAUUUUAUUUUGAGUACAAAUGCCUGUGAAUUGAAACUAAGCUAAAGUUUUAUUUCUAAUAAACUUUUGUUAUUGUUAAAA